CCGAAGAAUAAUUCAAUCACCUCUAGAAGUCAGCCGCUCCACGCCCACUCGCUUUGUUCACGCGCAAGCGAAAGCGGAUUACGCCAAGAAAGCACUCAUAAUACCUUCUGUCGGGUGCAGGUGGCUUGCAGGUCGUGGCCGCGAUCGAGACAGGAGAUGGUGACGCGGACCUCGGACAAUGGCGCAGUUCCAGUGCCUCGAGACAACACACGCAAGCAAGUUGUCUCCAUUCUCGUCAUUCAAGGGCAUCCCCGCGACACCCAGGAGAAUCGGACUACACGGUUAUGUGUCACCCGGCAGCUCUUCCAUUCGACGGACCUCGUCAGCCACACCUUCGAGCUGGCUGGUACGAGGCCGAAUUGGACCAUCAGGGAGUCAACAACCACGACACAUCCGAGCGAGGGUCCAAGUGUGGUCGGAUCUGUCGACAUCGCCACAAUAUCAUCGGCCGCUCAACAAGAGGAUGCGCUGCUGUCAAUACUGCGAGCUAUGAACGUGAAUCCUGAAUGGGAUCAGCGCAACUGGUUCGACGAUGUGUUAAGAAGAUUGCGAGAGACGUGGCCGACGGAGUUCGCCGACGACAUGAUAGCCCCAUUCCUCGACUACACCGUCAGACUACUUGUCGACGCGCCAUUGGACUGAGUAGGCCGGCAACAA